UGUUGUAAAAAAACUUACAACACAAUCCAUCUAUUAUAAUCAGAUGAGGACACUCGCAACAGGUCAGUCUUCACCUGACUGCACACCAGAGACGUACAGAUCUUUCUUAUUGCAGGUAAAACAGACAUUCCAAGUCUCCAAUGGAAGUAGGGCAGCCUAUACAUCCACUUCAGCAGAGGCCUCCAGGAUACUCUACUGGAUUCCCUACCUCUCAGAGUUAUCCCAGCACUCCAGGUCAACCUGCGCAGCAUUAUGGAGCUCCGGCAGCACCUGUCCAGUACGUAAAUCGGCCAAAUCCGGUGCAGACUGUGGUCACUGUGCAGCCUCCAGUUAAUGUGUCCUUCACUCCACUGACCAAUCCAGAGUCAGAUUACCUGUGCUACUCCAUCUUUACCCUGCUGUGCUGCUGCAUGCCUCUGGGAUCCGCUGCUCUUGUUUACUCCAUCACUACUCGGGAUGCUAACAUGUUUGGACAUCAACCAAUAGCAAGCAGAAACUCCAGAAUGGCUCGCAUCCUUAACCAUGUCAAUGUUGGUGUUGGCCUCCUCUUCUGGUUGAUCGGUGUCAUCUAUAUCAUUAUUGCUGCAACAAUUUUAAAACUCCAUAACUAGACAAAAAGUGUAAGAAAUAUUGGUAGGAUGAAAGAAAGUUAUACAAACAUGAACACAUUUUUUGAUUACACAAACGGAUACACAAUUGAAAACACAAUUUGGUGGUCUGCUUUUAGAUGUUACUAGUGUUGCUCAAGUUAUUGAUAUAAGAGCUGUAAGACUCCAAAUGCAUAAGGAGCCUAAUCUAUAGGGCCAGUGAGGAAUGAUUCGUGCAACUCACCUGCCUUAUUAUUAUUUACAUAAUUAAAACACAUUUUUUUUAAAGUUCAUUAUUUUUUUUAAAAACAAUGAAAGCUUUGACUGUACAUGUAUCAUCAAUUAAAACAUUUCUUCUUAUCUUUGUUCUAUCAUAAAGCUUUGGUAAUCAAUAAUAAAUGUAUUUAACAUUA